AUCAUCACUCACUCUAUAAAUCAGCAUCAAACCUUGUUUUCUCCAUAAACUCGUUACACCCUUUACAGAUAGCUUCACUGGUUUAGUCUCUGUUGUUGUUGGGUUCAGAGCUUCGAAGGGAGAGAAGAUCAGAGAAGGGGAAAUGGAGGGCAAGGAGGAAGAUGUUAAGCUUGGAGCUAACAAGUUCUCUGAGAGGCAGCCCAUAGGGACUGCAGCACAGACAGACAAGGACUACAAGGAGCCACCCCCAGCUCCUCUGUUUGAGGCUGGGGAGUUGCAAUCAUGGUCGUUCUGGAGAGCUGGAAUUGCAGAGUUCAUGGCCACUUUCCUUUUCUUAUAUAUAACUAUUUUGACUGUCAUGGGUGUGAAAAGGGCUUCCAACACCUGUGCCUCUGUUGGUAUUCAAGGGAUCGCUUGGGCCUUUGGGGGUAUGAUCUUUGCCCUCGUCUACUGCACUGCUGGAAUCUCAGGAGGACACAUCAACCCAGCUGUGACCUUCGGUUUGUUCCUGGCAAGGAAGCUAUCCUUGACCAGAGCACUGUUCUACAUAGUGAUGCAAUGCCUUGGAGCCAUCUGUGGUGCCGGUGUUGUGAAAGGCUUCCAAAAGGGUCCUUACGAGAUGUUGGGUGGAGGAGCCAACGUUGUCAACCAUGGCUACACAAAAGGUGAUGGUCUUGGUGCUGAGAUCGUCGGUACCUUCGUCCUUGUCUACACCGUUUUCUCUGCAACCGACGCCAAGAGAAGCGCCCGUGACUCCCACGUCCCUAUAUUGGCUCCACUUCCAAUAGGGUUUGCAGUGUUCCUGGUGCACUUGGCAACCAUCCCUAUCACGGGAACAGGGAUCAACCCAGCUAGGAGUCUUGGAGCGGCCAUCAUCUUUAACAGAGAUCAGGCCUGGGAUGACAUGUGGAUCUUCUGGGUAGGUCCCUUCAUUGGAGCUGCUCUUGCUGCGGUGUACCACACUAUCAUCAUCAGGGCCAUGCCAUUCAAGUCUAGGGCUUAGAUAAAAAUCCUGUCAUUGUCAUAUUUGUUUAUCAGAAGACAAGAAUCUUGACCACCCAGUCUUUCUUUCUUGUGAAUCUUAUCUUCUCUUCUGUUACUGCCUUUUUUCUGUUUCUUUUUUCCUUGCGACUCUCUCUCUCUCUCUCUCUCUCUUUCUUGUUGUGGGUCUUGCUGUUUGGCUUUUUUUUUAAUGGGUGUAAAUUAUUAUUAUUAUUAUUAUUAUUAUUAUUAUAAUCUAUGGAGGGUAUGUGGUGGAAGUGUGUAGCUGAGGGGUAGCUGUCUGGUCUGGCAUGGAAAAUUCAUUCUUCUUUCUUUAUAUAUCUGUGUGUUGUGUAUCAUAUGUAUGAAGACUGAAGAUGAAGAAGAGGCUUUCAAGUUUUAAUUAUUCA